AAGCAAAAAACCUUACGUCCUCACCAUCAUGCCCAGCAAGCUCGACAUCAUCAACGACCGGUUCGAAGAGCUUCCGGAAGACCCAGAACCGAGCUCAUCAUCAACUACCCAGAAAGACUCGAGAGACUCGCUCGAUCAGGAACCGGAUCCGUUAGAGAAGCUUCUCCAAGAGGCAAACGCACUCAAAGAGCGUGGCAAUACCGAGUUCCAGGAAAAACGAUGGAAAUCGGCCUUGGACAUGUACUCUGAUGCAUUAGCCACCCUUCCCCUUCGACCGCUUCCCAAAAAAGUAACCUCAUCAGACCCCCAGGAUCCACUCAAGGAUGAACUCUCAGAUAACAAUAAUAAUAAUAAUGAUGAUGAUGAUACGAUUGAUGACAGAAAAGAUCCUCAGAGCGACGGCUCGGGCCAUCAUUCUGAAUCAGAACCAAUCAUUCCAGAAGCUCUCAAGUCCUCCGACGACCCUCGGAUCUCUCGUCUUCGAUCGAUUCUGAAUGCCAAUACAGCCGCAUGUUAUUUAAAAUCGGAAGACUGGCAAUCUGCUGUUCAGGCCGCUGAAGCUUCUUUGAAAGACGAUCCGAAAUAUGCUAAGGCACUCCAUCGACGGGCACAAGCCAAUGAGAAGAUAGGCACCUGGGCUUCCCUCCAAGCAUCCUUAGACGACUACAAUGCGAUCUCAAAACUACCCGAUCUUCCUCCUACCUUAUUGAAAGAAGUCAAAGCCAGUCAAACCCGACUUCCGCCUCGGAUAGCCCAACGAGCCGAGGCGGAUAAAACAGAGAUGAUGGCUAAGUUGAAAGAUCUCGGGAAUUCCGUCUUGGGGAAGUUUGGGAUGUCUACUGACAAUUUCAAAUUCACUCCGAACGAAUCCGGGGGUUAUUCAAUGUCGUUCCAGCAGUAACUCCAGACGCUCACAUCCAUUUCCGAAAAAGAACUGCUCUCAACUCACCCCAAUUUCGUUCAACCCACUCUCUCAAAAAUCACAUGAAUGUAAAAUUUCCCAAUGGAGUGUAUCCAACAAAAAAUUGAGUGAAAGAAAGAAUUCCCAUCA